AUGCGUCCGAUAAUUAUUAUUCUCUUCAUCUUUCUAGUCAAUUUUGAACUGACGAUAGGCAAUGUGGACUGUAAUUGUCAAUGUUGCACAACACAAAAUUGCAAUCCAGUAUUCGUUGGUUCCCGUAGCUUAUGGUUUUGUUCUGAACCAACAACUUGUACAAAAAACGAUUGCAACACUUGGUAUCCGAGUCUUUGUCCAAAAGAAGGUGUCACUGGUCAAACUCGAGCUGUUUGCAAUUCAAAUGCACAGCAGACAGUAUCAACUGCAUCAAUGAUAUUCAGCAUGCUAGCAAUCGCUCUUUUAUUAAUCAAUCAUUAA